CCAGCACCCCCUGCUCAGGGGGUGGGUUCCAGAGCUGGGAGCAGGUCCACAUGGUCCUGUCAUUGCAACACCUGGUCUGAGAGACCUAGCUGGGGUGUUUUCCUUUUGGUAUCUUGAACUUUAAUAAGGUGGUCAUGUUGCCAAGUUCUUGAACAACUCCAAUCAAGGGCUCAGAAAAGCUAAUGUUACAUCUUAAUAGCCUAACUCUGUGUUUCUUUCUUCACAGCAAACAUCUUGACAGUCAUCAUCCUCUCCCAGCUUGUAGCUCGCAGGCAGAAGUCCUCCUAUAAUUACCUUCUAGCUCUAGCUGCUGCUGACAUCCUGGUUCUUUUCUUCAUCGUCUUUGUUGACUUCCUCAUGGAAGACUUCAUCUUAAACAAACAGAUGCCUCAGGUACUGGACAAAAUAAUUGAGGUCUUGGAAUUUUCUUCCAUCCACACGUCCAUUUGGAUUACAGUCCCAUUGACCAUCGACAGGUACAUCGCUGUGUGCCACCCCCUCAAGUACCACACGGUCUCCUACCCUGCUCGUACUCGCAAAGUCAUCGUCAGCGUCUAUGUCACUUGCUUCUUGACCAGCAUCCCCUACUACUGGUGGCCCAACAUUUGGAUUGAAGACUACAUCAGCACGUCCAUGCACCACGUCCUCAUCUGGGUCCACUGCUUCACUGUGUACUUAGUGCCCUGCUCCAUCUUCUUCAUCCUGAAUUCCAUCAUUGUCUACAAGCUGCGGCGAAAGAGCAAUUUCCGCCUGCGAGGGUACUCCACAGGGAAAACAACAGCCAUCUUGUUUACUAUAACUUCUAUUUUUGCCAUAUUGUGGGCGCCAAGAAUAAUCAUGAUAUUGUAUCACCUCUACGUGUCUCCUAUAAACAACAGCUGGGUGGUCCAUAUUGUGUCGGACAUCGCCAAUAUGCUGGCACUGCUGAACACUGCAAUUAAUUUCUUCCUCUACUGUUUUAUUAGCAAAAGAUUUCGCACAAUGGCAGCUGCCACCUUGAAAGCCUUCUUUAAGUGUCAGAAGCAACCUGUGCAAUUCUAUACAAACCAUAACUUUUCCAUAACAAGCAGCCCUUGGAUUUCCCCAGCCAACUCUCACUGCAUCAAAAUGCUUGUUUACCAGUAUGAUAAGAAUGGAAAGCCUAUAAAAAUAUCACCAUGAAGAGGCCAAUAGCUGGAGUUUCCGGGUGCAAGUUCUUUACAAGUGGUUACAUCUUCAGGAUGUAAUUUUCUGAAAUGGCUGUUUUGAAGAGAGGUCAUUUGAUUUCAUUUCCCUGGGUGGCCAGGGGCAGAUCAGACUGUUGGGAGGAAACAGGAGCACUUGAUUUUAGGAGCAAAAGUGAGAAGGCAAACACCUCCAUCUCUUAUAUAGCAUCUUGAAUAUGCUUCAGAGUUCAAGUCUUAGUGUUCAGUCACACUCAAACGUUUUGCAUCCCAACACCAAUGCAAUCCAAAGUCACCAGAAGGGCAAAGCCACAGCAGUGUUUAAUUACAACCUUUUCAAACACAACAAAACCUUACUUGACCAUCAGUUUGCUAUUGAGAAAGUAAAUGGAUGUUUUUGUGUACUCUGGAAGGUGCCAUUUCUGAAGCGUGCGCUUGCCAAAAAUUCCGUGUUGAUUCUGGCAUGAGAUGCCACCACACACAUUUGUGCUGUCAAGACCUCCUUGCAGGAGGCAGCCUGUGAGACACAAGUGGUGACAAGCCUGGUUUUGGCUCAUUUGAACAAGGCUCGAGGACCAGUACAGUACCUGCUGCAGCCUUGGCAUGGAAAGCAAUCCUGCAAGCUGCCAAUAUUUGCGUGUUUUAAGUUGUUAUUUAAGAAUGUGACUGAGACAGGGGAGCUCAAGGGAGGGAGGGAUGUUUCUAGAGCCAAGAACAAAAGCAGCAUCUUUCCCCAGCUAUUUCAGUCAUGGUGUCUAAGUACUUUCAAGGGUGAAACCAAGUCCUGCCGAAAGCAGAGCUCUCACCAGAGCUGCUCCUGUGAGCAGUGAUCAGAGCCUUUAGGUUCCUUCUCAAUCAAUACAGAUUCUCAGUUAUCCCCUAUGUUCAAGCCUUUGGGGAUUCACAUAUAAAAAACUCAGCUUAAGAUUUUCUCCUGAUGGAUGAUGCCAUCCUAUUGCAGAUUUUCCAUUUAGUUGCUAAACAAACAAACAAAACAAAACAAAAAACAAACUGUGAAAUAAAUUCAUUAAACACUUAACAGCAGUAAAAACAUUAAAGCCUUAGUUUAAGCUGAUGUGUUUCCCUUAUUUAAAGGUGGUUAACUUCUCUUCCUUCACACUCAAAAAACAGCAUUCCAUCAAUGCUGAGUGUAGAAAAUAAGGGACAGGAGGGCUGAAAAUGCACUUCUUUUAAUUUCUUUCCCUUUCAGAUCUUGGCAUGUAGUCUCUUGGAGCCACAUGCCACAACCUCUUAAUUCUACACUGGGCACUUACACUGGCCUGUGUGGUGUGAGGGCAGUGAGGAUGUGGUGAACACGAGCCCAGCAUGGUCAGUGCACACAGCAGCUCCUCAGGAGCUGCAGAUCAGCAGUAGCUUGGUGCUAAUGCUGUGUUUGUGCCCCUGCCCCUCUCCAGUGCCAGCAGGGAGCUCGUGGUGCAUCAGGAACGAACACAGAGAGGUCCUCUGAGGAGGGAUCCAGUCAGGCCCACUAUGGUGGGAUCAGAGGGCUGAAAACAUCUCUCUAAGGCACAUGGAUGGCUCAGCUUUGGUGCAAAUCCCCUAAGAAAUGCCUGCUGUGAAAAAGAGCCUGGUUCCCUUCUGCCACCAAGGUUGUGUUUGCACAAUACCUGGUACCCACAUCCUGCAAGAGCCAACCCCAGCAAAGCUGAGCUCACCUUCCCCAGAAGGGAAUGGCAGCAGAAGGCACAGGCCAUGAAAGCCAGCCCCCCAAAGACACACAGGGGUGAUCUCAAGAGAGACCCAGGCUCGCUCAGGAGCAGAGAGGGGAUGCCCAGGGCCCCAGGACCACACACUGCCCAGGGACUCGAGUGGCAGAACUCUCAGCAAUUCUCUGUGAGGUGCUGAGGCACCCCAGGGACCACACAGGCCAGAGCAAGGACAGGGGCACCUCUGGGGAAAUGGGCUGAGAGCAAACACUGAGCCUUUCCACCCUCGCCCAUCACAGGGAUGGUUUCCAUUUAAAUGUCCCCAGAGAGAAAUGAGGAGCUUCUCAGUCUGUUGGCUGCUCAUCUUCGUGAUAUCAAAGCUUCACCCUUGCAAUAAUAAAGUGUUAAAGGGAUGCUCAGCCUUGCUGUAUUGGUCAUGACAAGGUUAAAAUUAUUGCUCCCUUUAUAGUGUUUUACAGAAAAUCAGUUUUGUGGCCACCCUCCCUGCCCUUCUCUCAGAAAUCUCCCUCUGGACUUUGUCAGUUGAUAGUAACCAAAGUUACCUUAUGGAAAAGGUAGUGUACAUUUCAUUUUGGAAAAACACUGUAUUUAUAACUUAUUUUUAUUCUGCAUUUGUUAUGAGGAAUGCUUGUCUGAAUUAAAUGUGAAUGAGUCUGAAGUGCAAUAUCUAUAUAGAUAAGUGGUUAAUUUUUGAGAAUGUAUCUAUUGAAAAAAUACCUAUUUAUACAAGAAGUUCACUAUUCUACUUAAUAUAAUAGUAACCUUAAAGAAAAUAGUGAAUGUUUAGGGCUUUUAUUUAUUAAAAAAAUUAAAUUAAGUGCAUGGCAUAUGCUGCCAUUCACAUGCUGUGACUUAUUAAUUUUUGUAACAUAAUGUUUAUCCUGCAAACUAUCAGUGUCAUCUGGUUUUUUCUGUCCUGAUAAUGUAUUUUUGUAAAUUACCAUAUUUAAAAACAAAAAUCUUUCUGCGUAUUUUUUUUUUCCCUAUGAAAAAGAACGCAUUAAAUUCUUCUAACUUAUUUGGAAAAACUCACAAUCGUUUUCCAUAUCAUUUUAGAAAUGACAAGGUGCAAUUUUCAUGUACAGUGGAUUGAUCAUUUCACUUCUGAUAAUUUAGGGCUUUAAGAGCUUGCUUCCAAAGCCCUUUGAAGUCAAAGGGAAGGUUGCUAGUGGGUUUUGUGGUUGGUUUUUCCAAUCCCCAUCAUUUUAGGAGGGCUUUGCAUCAAGCUGUAUCUUGUUAGCAGACAUUCAAAGCCUUCUUAGAGUCCAGUUUGGAUAAUAAAGCCUUGACUUUUUAGUCUGCCAUAUGGGAGCUGCUGUUGAUAAUACUUGCCUUAUUUUUGAUUGUGUGAAGCCUCUUGCAAUGACUGUUGCUAACUAGCCAUUGUCUUGCUGUAUUAUUUGUACCUCCUAAUUUUCCAAUAGUAAAAACUAAAAAAGCACAUGUAGUGUCAUUAUUUAGGGAAAAACUAUCCUGGAGACAAAACCAUCUUUAUUGUGGAGAUGGUCUUUUGUACUCUAAUUUUAUUUCAAAUGUCUACAAUUAGAAAAAAUAAGCUGUGAAUGGACAGUUUUACAAUUACUUAUAGAUAUACAUUCUUGAAGACCACAGCUAGGAACAAAAUACUUUUUAGAUGAGUUGCUGGUAUAUAAAAUUAUGGGACCUAUCACCUAUUUAAAUUGUGAAUAUUGAUAUUUUCAUAAGUAGACAAUAUAUUGUGUUUGACAAACUUGUUUGUAUUAUAAUAAAUUA